CACGGAUGCUGGCCAAUAGCGUACUUCGAUCAGCCUUGAGAUGGUCUGCUCACCACCCACACUUCAGUAUCAACGAACUUUUGAGUUUUCUUGUCGGAACUGCUGGUCAAGUAGAGACCUUUGAUGUUCGUUUGACAUACUUAGAGCUUUCCCUGACGUCUCGGUUUCUGUAUUGAUUUAAUCACUAAAUUUGAGAAAGUUCACUAUUUUUUCCGAUUAGUUUGAUUAACUUUCUCCUCGACGGUUCUAUGGCGAUUGUAGAAUGCAGCGCUCAGUAAAUCCGAAGUCAGCUAUUUUUUUUUCAGAUAUUGCUUUAGCAUUCGCCCGUUUAAGUUAACUAUUUCCGAUGUGUUUACAUGGAGGAAUAUAAUAGAUGCGAAUGCGCGGACCUUUGGACUUAACCCCAACUUGUUAGCCUGAGAGUCGAUGGCUACCGAGCAAGAAGACGCAGCUGGGCUAGUGUGAAACAUCGGACAUAGUCACGCUAGCAAGGAGCAUGAGAAAGGCGGCUCAGGUGCAUGGCGCCGCGUCUACGCUGGAUGAUCCGCUGCCGUGCCCUCCGCAGGGAGAGACGCCCGGACCUGCCCCCCCGCGACCCCUGGACGACCUUUGCCCCUUCCAGGAAGCGAAUCAACGGACCGGCUCGGGUUGCGCGGCGCAGGUGCGGCCCGUGAGGCCUGAGCCGUGCAGCGAGGAGAGCCGGCUGAAUGGACUCAACAGCCAGGCCUGGUGCAGCCCUGUGAUUGGUCAGCCGGAGGCCAAGCCCUACCCCUCCAGAAUUAUGCGUCUGUUCUCCAAUCAGAAGCGCUCUGGGGACGCCGCUUUGGAGAGGACUUCAAACCACGGCUCUGCCGUGAACCCUCAGACCUGGUCGAACCUCUCCGGUCUGAAGGUCAUGGGGUCGUUCAAGAAACUCCGCUCGUCCGUGUUCCAAGGCAUCCAGAGCCGAGGCAACGGCACAACAGCCAAUCAGGACGCAGAUUAUACGACGAUAACCAAUGAGGACACAGGGUGCGUUGACCUCUCCAAUGGACAGCAACCUCAGCAGCUGGGUAGAGAGGGUUGCCAGGGUAACGGAGUGUGUGGGGGGGAGGCGAUCUUCGGGAUCUGCUCUGGUGUCCAUGACGAUGAGGAUGAGGACGACAACGACGACGAGUUCCAGAGGAAUAGCCACUUCUCUCGGAGCAUUCGCCGAGCCUACGGUGCCGGGAGGAUCACUCUUCUGGACGCGGGGCGGAACGCCCGGCCCGACGCUCCCCCGAAGUCGCCCAAAGCGGCCGUCGCCGCGCCUCCCUGCCCCUCCCCCUCCCGCCGGCCCCGUCCCCGUCCCGUGAGCGCGGCGUUCGCCGGCUCCGAGGCGCACCUGGCGGGCGAGGCCAACGGCGGGGCGCUGAGCCGGCUGAGCAAGAGCGCCGAGAACCUGCACCUGUUCAAGGCCCCCUUCAGGCGCAAGACGGCCUCGGCGCACCUCGCCCACCCCCACCCGCCGCCGCGGAACCUAGAACAGGACCCGGAGCCCCCGCCGGAACCGGACGCCCCGGAGCGGGGCCGGACUUCCAACAUCAAGCGGGCCACCAGCGCCUCGUCGGUGGACGGCGGCGGCGAGCGCGGUUCGGGCCGCUGGCGGAGCCCCAGCAGGACGCGGGGCCAGAUGCAGCGGCUGGUGGGCAGCCUGACGGACCUGACGUCCAGACGCCGGCCCAGCGGCCCCCUGUCGCCGCCCUCGCCGUCGUCGGCACCGCCGCUGUCGCUGUCGCCCCUCAGCCGCAUCCACGACGACUACUCCCGCCGCACGCCCUGCGUGCCCCCCUCGGACCGCCAGCGCCGCCCGUCGCCGGCCCGCGUCCGGGCCGCGGGCGAGAGGGAGGGCGCCGCUCAGCGGGUCACUGCCGCCGUCGUGGUGGUGGAACACACACCCUCCAUACACCCGGUUCCUCUCGGCUCGCCGGACCUGACGGAGCUCACUCCUCGCGCAGACGACACGAGCGAAGAGCAUCACAGCUCGACCCUGCAGCUGGACCAUCAGUGUCCGGCACCACUGACGUCCUCUCCUCUGUCGGCCGCCCGCAGCCCCAGUCAUGCACCUGCAGGGAAUUCUGGGCCAGUGGAGGACCGGAGAACUGGGACAGUCCCACCCCUGCAGCCUUGCCCACAGUCUGCAGUAGAUAAAGCAGAGGACCACUUGCAAGACCAGCUAAAGUGCAUAUGGAAGAGCCCAGAGAAAGAUGCGGAUGAACAAGAGUCUGACGGGUACACCAAGGUCGCAUGCGAUGCCACGGAAGCCAGAGCGCUGCUCUCCAGGUGCCAAUCUCAGGGUGAUUCCGUGCCCAGCUCGCCCGCCUCGCCGACCCCCACAGAGUCCCCUGUCAGCCCCGCGUCGGGCUCCGACCCUCCCUCCGCGGCGGUGAUCCGCCGCCGAUCGGGGCGCGCCAGGCCGCGGCCCUUCUCCGACUACGCCCAGCUGGUGAGCAGGAAGUUCUCCAUCCCCGAGGAGAGAGGGGCGGAGACGCCGGCGGAGACCGCCGCCAGCGCUGCGCCCUCCCACGUUAACGGUGGCGCUGUUGCCGACGGGGACGGCCAGGGAAGUUGCCAUGGCAGCAGUCCCCAGGGUCAACAGUGGAGGCGGCCCAUGUCCGCCAUCGAAGGAUCGACCGACCUCUUCCCUUCGCCGGGCACCGAAGACGGGGAGGACAUGGACAGCAUGCCCUCGCCGAUGACGCGGCCCCCCAUGCCGUCCUACCAGGUGCCCCCCUACAGGGCGGUGUCGGCCCGCCUGCGCCCCAACAUCCUGUCCCAGAGCACCCCCAUCGGGCUGGACCGCGUCGGCCGCCGCAAGCUGCACCGCGUGCUCAGUGAUGGCCCCUCAGAGGGAUGCACAGUGCUGGACGACAGUGUGAGCGAGGAGGACGGCAGCUUUGAUGAGCUCACUGAUGUCACGCCGUACCUGCAGCCUGGAGUGGAGCUCACUGCCCUCAACCAGCUCAUCAGCUCGGGCCACGUGGUGUAUGCGGAGGCGCUGUGGGACCAUGUGACCAUGGAGGAGCAGGAGCUGGCCUUCCAGGCCGGGGACGUGAUCCGCAUGGUGGAGGCCUCCAGCAAGGACUGGUGGCUAGGGAGGGUGGGCGACCGCGAGGCCUGGUUCCCCUCCUGCUUCGUCAGAGUGCGUGUAAACCAAGAGGACUCGAGCGGGGGGAGUGUGGAGAGCGUGGAGAUGGCUCUGGACCAGGAGACGGUGUUGCCUAGAGACAAGCGGGCCCAGAGCACGGUGCACCGCGAGCAGAUGAGGACCAACGUCGUCCGGGAGAUCAUGAGCACCGAGCGCGACUACAUCAAACACCUGAGGGACAUCUGUGAUGGAUAUAUCCGCCAGUGUCGCAAGCACCCUGGCAUGUUCACGGACCAGCAGCUCAAAACCAUCUUCAGCAACAUCGAGGACAUCUACAAGUUCCAGAGGAAGUUCCUGAAGGAUCUGGAGAGGAAGUACAACAAGGAGGAGCCCCACCUGAGCGAGAUCGGCUCCUGCUUUCUGCAGCAGGGUGACGGUUUCUCCAUCUACUCGGACUACUGUAACACCCACCCGGUGGCGUGUACAGAGCUGCAGCGGCUGAUGAAGCAGAGCCGCUACAAGCACUUCUUCGAGGCCUGCCGGCUGCUGCAGCAGAUGAUCGACAUCUCGCUGGCCGGCUUCCUGCUCACGCCCGUGCAGAAGAUCUGCAAGUACCCGCUGCAGCUGGGGGAGCUCCUCAAGUUCACGCCCAAAGACCACAGUGAUUUCAGAGGCGUGAGCGAUGCGUACGAGGCGAUGAAGAACGUGGCGAGCCUCAUUAACGAGAGGAAGAGGAGGCUGGAGAGCAUCGACACCAUUGCCCAAUGGCAGGUCUCCAUCCUGCGCUGGGAGGGCGAGGAUGUGCUGUGCUGCAGUUCCGAGCUCAUCCACUCGGGGGAGCUGACGCGCGUGGUGCGCAACGGCAAGACGCAGCAGCGCAGCUUCUUCCUCUUCGACCACCAGCUGGUCUUCUGCAAGAAGGACGUGCUGCGCCGCGACCUGCUGCACUACCGCGGCCGCCUGGACAUGGACGCCGCCGAGCCCCAGGACCUGCCGGACGGCCGCGACGCCGACGCGGGCGGAGUGACCCUCCGGAACGCCUUCCGCCUGCGGAACCGGGAGACGCUGGAGGUGCAGUGCACGCUGUGCUGCCGCAGGCCCGAGGACAAGCGCCGCUGGCUGGAGGCCUUCAAACGCGAGAGGAGGCGCGUGCAGGAGGACCGGGAGAUGGGAAUGGAGAUCAGUGAAGAACAACGGAAACAGGCGAUUUUCAACGCUCAGAAAGCCAAACAAGGCAAAAUAAAAAGUAUGGGCUACCCAGUGCCCACACAGUACCAGCCCCUUCACCCCAUUCACCAGCGGCACGUUACUGUGCCAACCAGCGUCCCACAGCAGCAGGUGUUUGCCUUAGUCGAGCCAAAGCGGAAGCCCGCCCAGCUUUGGCACAGCUUCACUCGACACACCCUCUUCAAGAAGUAGAACAAAAGCCCCUCCCAUGCCAUGUAUGACUUUGAUGGCGAUGCCCUCUAUAGGAAGUUGAGCGAAAAACCCUCCCACCUCUGGCAUGACCUCACUGGCCACACCCUCUUCAGGAAGUGUGGAAGACAGAGCCAGUGCUCCUGAUCAAGUAUGCGUAUAUGAAGAAAAAGUCCAUUGGAAGACAUAAUGCCCUACUGAUGUGAUGUCCCGCUGAAGUUUGGCCUAUCGUGGAUUGAAUGUUGUGUAGCUCGAAACACAUGAAAUAUAUUUUUUGUUUUGUAAAGUGCCUAUGAUUUGGAAAAAAACACAGGAGGCUUUCCCGUCAUGGACUAUAUUAACUAUCUGUGUGUUUGUCUAUGUGUGUCCUUGUAUGUAUCUGCCUGCACAUUUGUGUGCAUGAUAGGUGUGUGUGUGUGUGUGUGUGUGUGUGUGUGUGUGUGUGUGUCCGUGUCCAAGUCCGUGUCCAAGUCCGUGUCCGUGUCCGUCCAUCUAUCCAUGUGUAUGUAUGUAAGUGCCUGUGACUUGAGGGUGGAGAGAGCCCAAAAGUGUUAUAUGAAUCUUGAUUCCCUCCAUUUCACUGAUGUGGUAAAGAUGCUGCUCAUAUUGAGAUUCUCCCCUCCCUUCAACACCCCUUCAAAUGCGUUUUAUAUUAAUAACGACAAUGAUGUAUAUUCGGCUUUUAAAUUCCUAUUUGUGUUACUAUUGCCUCUUUUGUUUUACUUUAUGUAUAUUUAAGGCUGGAACCUUCUGAAUUUAGACCUCACUUGUGAUGGCAAUAUCGCCUGAUAUGAGCUUUAGAAUGACCAGAUCAGUUAUUCUGCACACUAACACUGUUCACGCUAUGUAAAUAAACUCAUGUACAAAUGUUA